GGACCUGGGAGGACGCGGCGACUGUCCUUCCGUGUCCUGUGUACCCUGAGCCCCGCCUCCCUCCGGCCCCACGCCUCUUCGCCGGGAGGAGCCCCACUGAGGGCCACGCCGCCAUCCGAGACGCAUCGGACGCGUGCAGUGCCGCGAUAAACCUUGACUAGGAUAGUGGAUGUGAGUGUCAAGACAGUGCCAGUGACAGUAACACUUUCCGGGCAGACGCAUCAGCCACAGCAGCAGCGACACCACCAGCAGGAGGGAGACGCUCCGGCCAUGACUUCUCUCCUCUUCCCUCCUCCCCAAGACAACUUAGUCCCGGGCGAGGAAGGCGACCGCUCCUUCCGUGACCUGUGUGACCUGAGCGAGGCGGACUCUGAGGCAGGCUCCGUGUCGCCUCGUGGGCCUCUGUCUUCUCCUCACGCCCCUCGAGGCUCACCCACGCCCACCAACACGCCCGACUCCCACGACCUGAACAUGAACGCCGCGGGGGCGGCAGCCGAGCUCAGCGCCGCAGCUGAAAGGUUCAUCACGCAGCAGCUGUCUGCGGUGCCGCCCGAGCUUGAGCUGCGCCCUUCCAGCACGGGCGUGGGUGGUGUGUGGUCCAAGCAGAGCAUCUCCCGCGGCACCCGCUACGGCCCCUUCCUCGGGAAAUGGACAGCCAACGCCAAGGACCCCAGCCUGGCCUGGGAGGUGGUAUCUGCGAGGUCGGGACUCCGCGGGUGGCUGGACGCAGGGGAGAUGGGGAACUGGCUGAGGCAUAUCCGCGUUGCCUCAGCCCCCGUCUACGGCAACUUGAGGCACCUGUUGCUGGCCGGACAGAUAUUCUACGAGACACUGAGGGACGUGCCGCCGAUGGAAGAACUACUGUUGGUGCGGAAGGCUAUCAUCGACCUGGACACUUCGACCAUGGAAGACUCAGUACGUGUGGGAUCGCCCGAGGAACGCUCAGAAAACACGGGAGACGAUGACGACGAUGAUGACGAGGACGAUGACAUAGCUCGCUUCCGGUGCCUCCAGUGUGACAAAAACUUCGCCAGUUAUGAUGAAUUGGACGAACACUUGGUAACAGCGCACGGGUACGCCGCCGGCCAGUACCGCUGCGACUACUGCCCGAGAGCCUUCGCCUGGCGCCCCAACCUCAUCCAGCACAAGACGCUUCAUGGGGAGUACAAGAGGUACCCAUGUGAGAACUGCCCGCGGGUCUUCACCGAUGCCAUGGUCCUGCAAAAGCACAUCCGCAACCAACACGCCGGGGCACGCUCGCACGCCUGCCCGGAGUGCGGCAAGACCUUCGCCACCAGCUCUGGCCUGAAGCAGCACACCCACAUCCACUCCUCCGUCAAACCCUUCCAGUGCGAGGUGUGCUUCAAGGCGUACACGCAGUUCAGCAAUCUGUGUCGCCACAAACGCAUGCACGCGGACUGUCGGCUACAGAUCAAGUGUACCAAGUGUGGGCAAGCCUUCUCCACGGUCACCUCACUCGCCAAACACAAGAGAUUCUGCGACACGGCGCCCUCCCUCUCCCUUCCUCAUGGCACGCCCUCCCUUCAGGACAACAAACUUUCCCAUCAAGGCCUCCACAUGGGCAACCUUUCUGCGUCGCCGCCAAACCCCUUCAUGAUGUAUCCCCGCCCGCCGCUGCCCCUCCUGCCGCCCUCACUCAUGUCUGGCUACCCGAUGCUCCACUCCAUCCCUUCCCUCGUCGGGGGUCCCCAACACCCUCUCCUCACCUCUUCCCUCCUCCUGCCUUUCCAAAACCAAGGCGUCAGGGAGCAAUCCUACCCAGCACCUAAGGACGAGAAGGAGUCCAGCGACCUUGGAAGCCACAUGUCCCCGAGACCUGAUCUUUCAGAGUCUCCAGCAAGAGAGGCCGCCUGUCUCACCCCGCAGCCUCCGCGCUCUCCUUCUCGCUCCCCGAAGCAAAUCUCGGUGUUCCCGAUGAAGGAGUCGCCACGCAGCUCAGAGUCCAGGGAACUGUCAGAUGAGUACAGAGACUCCCCGGAAUCUCGGCGACGUUCGCCAGCGCCUCUCAAGAAGGAGGAGGGUGAAGAAGUGAAGGCACCGACGGAGAAGAAAGAACAGCCGCUGGACUUGACGCUUCGGCGCAAGGAGGGUGAGCGGGACGAACUCUUCCUCGGCAGGUUUGAUAUUCUGUCCCACAACAGUGACGCCGCCGAGGAGAGACUCCGCUCCUCCGCGCCGCCCGAGAUCAUCAAAUCAGUACCGGAGCCACGCCCUCGCCAAGACCAUCCCUUCCUGCGCAUCAGUGAGUUACUGAAGGACACCACCACCACCUCCGUCGCCCCUGCCCCUCCUCAGCCACCUACGUUACUGGACGCGCCUACCAAGCUACCCUUGGCUUAUCCCCGCCCUCUUCACCCAGCGGCGCUCCUCGAUGUGUACCGUAACCUGGACCGCAGCUUAGAUCGGAGUCCAUUGCUUCCCGGGGGAGGCCUGACAGCAGGGCGCUAUCCGCUCCUGCCGCCCUACUUUCCGCCCACAAGCAUGGCGGGCUUGGGUCUUGGUCUCAACCGCAAUGCAGGACUCGACAUGUUGAAGGCGCACAUGUCCAAUACGGCGCGGCCGUACGGGGACAUCAGCCGCCCUUAUGACCUGAUGGCAUCACACAUGCCCCGCGCCAAGGACCGAUACUCGUGUAAGUUCUGCGGGAAGGUGUUCCCGCGCUCCGCCAACCUAACGCGCCACCUGCGCACCCACACGGGCGAGCAGCCCUACAAGUGCAAGUACUGCGAGCGUUCGUUCAGCAUCUCGUCCAACCUGCAGCGCCACGUGCGGAACAUCCACAACAAGGAGAAGCCCUUCAAGUGUCCGCUGUGUGACCGCUGCUUCGGCCAGCAGACCAACCUGGACCGACACCUCAAGAAGCACGAGCUGGAGGGACCCAAUCCACCGGACUCGCCCGAAGCGCCAGACUCCAGCAGCGCCGGGGUCGACACGUCCACUAACUUCUUCAGCGAUGAAAUUCGGUCCUUCGUGGACAAGGUGACAGACUCCACCACGGACGACAUGUUGGCGGACGACGAGCCGAUGGACGACGACGAUGGCAUGAAGGAGCCCGUCACCGUCACCACCUCCAGCGACAGCACCAGCGCGGCGGCCGAAACCACGAUGAAGCGGCUACACGUGGAGUAGUAGCAGGCGUGGGGGCGUCUCGGUGUGAACAGAAGCAUGUACAUAGGGGCGUGGGCGGCCCUCACGCCAUCACACGGGUUUCUGAUGGGAGAGUGAGGCAAGCCUGACACUGACAUCCAAACGGAACUUCAUCCCUGGAGGCAAGGUGCGUGAGAGGUGAGUGAAAGUGGGGCGCCACCUGGACCUGCACGCCGCCAUGGAGCUGAGCCGAGCCGGACAGGUGUGGGUGGCUGGUGCAGGUGUGUGUGUGUGUGUGUGUGUGUGUGUGUGUGUGUGUGUGUGUGUGUGUGUGUGUGUGUGUGUGUGUGUGUGCGAGUGUGGUGCAGGUGCAUGCGGCUGGGAAAUCUGUGUGACUGGUGCAGGUACGUUAGGCUUGGAAAGGUGUGUGUUUGUGUGUUUGACUUAGAUGAGUGUGUGCAUACUGCUAUUACAGGUGUGUGUGUGUGUGUGUGUGUGUGUGUGUGUGUGUGUGUGUGUGUGUGUGUGUGUGUGUGUGUGUGUGUGUGUGUGUGUGUGUGUGUGUGUGUGUGUGUGUGUAGUGGGUUCCCGGUGUUCUGGGCGUGUACUUUGUGUCAUAUUCUUAAUGGAGUCUGUUAGCGUAACUGGGACAUCUCCACAGAUUUUAUAGGUUUUCCAUGUUUGUCUUUUUUUUUCUGCCUCUUGUGAAUCUUACGUCAGCGCAGCAUGAUAGGCGGCAGACAUUUGGUGUGAAGUUUUGUGCAAUGGAGUAACCGUAUUAAUUUUAACUUAUGCCCUGUAGUAUUGUAGCUGUAAAUAACCCGUUGAUAAAUUAUAUUUUGUUAAUAAAAAAGCUGAACUGUU